AUGCGGUUCUCCAUCUUCACCGUUCUCGCGGCUGCUGCCAGCUUCGCUGCUGCUCUUCCCGCCACCUCCUGCUCCGCCCCUGAUGCCCGUCCCUCCGAACCCUGCGGCAAGCUUGGCAAUUUCCACGUAAGCACCGUGAAGGUCAACCAGACCUUGGGGUACUUUGCCUAUCGCUACAAUUCUGGUAUCUGCGACAUCGCGAAUGCGAGCCACAUCGCGAAUCCAGACGUCAUAUUCGUUGGCCAGCGCAUCCUCAUCCCCGUCAACGUCUGCAAGCCCGACAACACCACUUGUACUACGCCCCCCGGUUCGGCCACCUGUAUUGAGGCCGACGUGUGGAAGUCCCUUGAAAAUAAAGCCAAGGACAAGGUGGAAAUCGAUGGCAAUGUGGCAAAAUAUCAAAUCAAGGGGGGUGAUACUUUCUACGCUCUCUCAAAGUCGUGGAACAUUACCCUCGCUUCCCUGACCGGCGUCAACGUCGGUGUCGAACCCACGGCCCUCCAGAUCGGCCAGACCAUCAAUGUUCCCAUCUGCUAA